AUCAGAUUCCAAAGGGCCACGUUGGAUUAUCGUCCACGCAGGUGGUGCUAUGGGUUUCAUACCCAAUGCUCAACUGAUCUUCAGAUCUCAGUCACAAACGGCCGACUAUCACGACGAUAUGAAUAAGACGAAUUUUAAUAAGUGGCUUAAUGAAAAGCUUAUACCAAAUCUGCCUCCUCAAUCAAUUGUGGUGAUGGAUAACGCCUCCUACCACACAGUGCAGCUUAACAAAGCACCAACAAUGUCAAGCAGAAAGACAGAAAUGCAAAACUGGAUAACAAGUAAUGGUCUUUCUUACUUGCCAAGUAUGGUAAAAGCCCAGCUAUUUCAAAUAAUAAAGGAGCACAAACAACCGCCUGUUUAUGAAGCCGAUGUAAUGUUGGAGGCGCAUGGACAUAAAGUGGUAAGGCUUCCACCUUAUCACUGCGAUUUAAACCCCAUCGAGCUGAUAUGGAGUGUCUUAAAAAGACGAAUUGCUGAAAAAAACCUAGGUCAGGAAGCAAAUAAAAUCGUCCAAAUCACAGAAGAAGCAUUUGCAACGAUCACCGAAGUAGAAUGGAGAAAAGAAUGUGAGCACGUGAAAAAAUUGGAAGAAAAAUAUUACGUUGAUGGCCAAGUUAUUGACCGCGAGAUGGACAGGUUUAUAAUUGAAGUGGGAGACGAUAGCGACACUUCUGAUGACGAAGAUGAUAUGGAAGAUGAAGAUGACGACGAUCUCUUGGGUAUAAGUCCGUUAGAUGAGCAUCUUUUGCCUGAUCAUAAUUAUAAUAAAAAUUAUUAAAUUA